GUUCAUUCGUCGCUCCGCCUUCAGUACUUUGCGCCUCAAGUUGAUCGCCUGUUCUGUCCCUCCUUGUUGAAUAUCCUUUGUCGUUUCGGGGUACUCUACUUAUAAUAGCCGUUCAUAGCCUCUCUGGCUAGGUUAUAUUCUUCCUAGACUCUCGAAUUAAAUCGUAUCUACAAACCCUGUGGUAGUGAUUCAUCAUGUUGAAGAUAUGGUCGAUGAAACAACAGCAGCAGCAAGCUGAAAAUGCUGAAGGAGCAGCCGGCAAGAAGAAAAAGAAGGUCACCGCCGCUCAGCUGCGCGUACAGCGGGACCUCCAAGAACUCACCCUCGGAAACACGAUGAAAAUGACCUUCCCGAACCCCGACGACAUCCUGAACUUCACGCUCACCAUCGAACCCGACGAGGGCAUGUACAAAGGCGGCGCGUUCCAUUUUAGUUUCAACGUCAACCAGAACUUCCCCCACGAUCCGCCGAAAGUCAAGUGUACGCAGAAGAUCUACCAUCCAAAUAUUGACCUGGAGGGAAAUGUUUGUUUGAAUAUUUUGAGGGAGGACUGGAAGCCUGUGUUGAAUUUGAAUGCUGUUAUUGUUGGGAUGCAGUUCUUGUUUCUUGAGCCGAAUGCUUCCGAUCCAUUGAAUAAAGAGGCGGCAGAUGAUCUACGUUCGAAUCGGGAUGCGUUUAAACGGAAUGUUCGGACGUCGAUGGCUGGGGGCACGGUUCGGAACAUACAGUAUGAGCGAGUGAUGAAAUAAGAGCUGUGGUGCUGAGAUGGGGAUAUAUCAAUAGAUUGUCUGUGGGCCGUCUACCUUGUGCCCGUGGGUUCUUUUCUUGCCCGUUUCCCUACUGGACUGGGAUGUUGACGGCGUGUCAUUGGCUCGGAUGAAUGGAUGAUAUGGUCAAGUUCGCAUGGAGACGGGGCAAUGAGACGUGUAUAUCGGAUUGGAAGUGCUUCACGGAUUUUUCUUCUUGAGACCAUUGCAUUGUACUUAUGGAUUAAUUAGCGACAGGAUAGAUUCUUACGAAAGAAAUGACUCUGAUUGAA